CCGUGUGAUCAUGGCUGCACUGGACCACACCAGCCAUGUUUGCUAAUUUAAACCCCGGAGGUUGUGGGGAUAGUUGUUUAUUAUUUAUCUCCGUGGCGUCUUCACCCGCACUCCUCUAAAGACGAGAGGUUUCCCUGGAAGCGUCUUCGCCCCGGACCAGCCCCGGAGUGAAAGAUGGAGUCAAAUAAUCAUUUCAACUAUGGCACCCACUCCUCAGCAAACUCAGGACUGAAACGCUCCUCAGGGGAUUCUCUUUAUACUAACGGGUCCUCCAUGAGUUUUCCUCAGCAGGGAAAGAAUAUGAAUGGUGAGCUUAAUGUGAAUGGCACCACUACUGUACUCGGGUCUGGUGUGCCUAGUUCCCACCCACCAUCUGCUCCUUAUCCACACAUGAGCAACCACCACCAGGGCAGCAUGGGCUAUGACUACCUGUGGGGGGGGCACCCGCAGUAUGGUCCAGCCAUGGGCUCAUCCGCAGGGCAGGGGAUGCAUCAGAAGCAGCCUGCACCUGGGAUGCCACAGCCUCAGUCACAGCAUCACUUCCAGGGUCAUGGACAGUACCAACUGAAUGGGGGUAUUGAAAGCUCCCACCAGCCCCCUGUGGCAGGCCCACCCAACAUGCCUCUAACUGGGAGUCAGUACUGGAACAGGAGUAACCCUGGCCCACAGCAGAUCAGUUAUAAUUCUCACAGUAUGUAUGGGACCUACCAGAGUCAGGCCCAUCUCGGGAUUACACCGUCACAGCAUCACCAGCAGCAGUCCUUACAGCCCCCCCAACAUCAACCAUCACAGCAGCACCUCCACUCUCACCGCCACCAGCAGCACCAGCAACCGCAGCAUUAUGGCAUGAUGCCUAAUGGGAUGCCCUACUACCAGCAUCAGCCCCAGCACCAGACCCUACCAUCUCCUCAGCAGCAGCCACCGCUGCAGUCGCAGCCUCAAGGCCCGACUCAGCUGAAGCCCCCAGCAGCCCAGAACUUUACACCUCCACGCGGCAGCCCACAGCACCACAGUUUAGGCAGAGCAGGCACUGGCAGCCCUCUCCCUGUGGGAAUGACCUCUGCAACAAUGAUGUCACCAUCACCAGUGCAGGACAGUGGAUCACCCAAGAGCCACAACAGGGAUAGCGGCAUGUCUUCUCUCAUGCAAGGGCACACACGGGAAGCCGUUAAGGAGGUAGACACGAGCUACAAUGGCAGUGAAAGAGCACCUGUUGCUCAUAGGCUUCCCACAGCUGACAGUUACCAAUUGAAACCCUCUGCCGCUCUUGUGGGACCUGCAAGUGAUUAUCGACAGAACUCCGAGAUGGCUUCUCCGGUCCGAGACGCAUCCUGUAAUCCAUCUCUCCAGUGUGUGUCGUCUCGGCUUUCCACAUCUCCAUCCCCUGCAGCAGUGUCACCAUCACUAACAAAGUCCUAUUCAGCCCCUCCUGUCUAUGGAUCUCCAAAAUCUUCUCCUGGGCCCCAGAAUGUUUCAUCACUUGAUGUAGAAUCUACUCCACCACAGAUCUCAGCAUCUCACACUGUGUCCUCCGUGCAAGGCGUCAGGCCCCUCCCUUCUGGUCAGACUGAAAUAGCACCCACUGGAUCCAAGCAUCUGUCAGCAGGGUCCUCUUCCUCCUCCCUGCCGACAUCACCUCUGAAGCUGACCACACCUUCAGGUUCGACAAAUAAUGAGCCCAGACCCACCACAGCUUCCUCUGUCUCUCCCGUCUCUCUCUCUUCCUUUGAGUCUGUGUCUCAUCAGUCAAACUUGUCUCCUAAAGCUUCUGGUCCUAGUGCGGCUGUCACCUCAGCAGACACAGUGUCCACGUCUUUCUCAGCGUCUGCACCAAUCUCGUUUCUUCAGCAAAUGGUCCAAAGUUCCAGCUUGUCUCGCUUUCCCGAUAAAUCUGGAGCCCAGUAUGAAAAGCCAGGACCCCCAAAGUUGAUUACUGCCUCUUCAUCUGCAGGUGUGAAAUAUUCAUCAGCUGGUCUGGUUCCACCUCUCGUGUCAAUAUCAGGAGCUUCAGUUGUCAGUAAACCUUGUGAACCAGCCCACCCACCCCAUCACCAGGCACACACUCCUCUAGCUUUUGACACUGGUCUUUCCACUGCCUCUGCCGCAGCACCGUCACCACCAGGAGAGGUGAAUUCACCUUCCCCAUCAGCCCAUGAAGGUCCUACAGUCAAACCUCUGUCUACCCUACCUCUUCUAACCACUCUAGCCUCCAGGACUGCACCUAUGUCCGCCCCUCCUGCCUUGGUGUCUUUGCCUCCUGCAAUGGGUACGUCCUCAGGAGUGGUCCAAAGUUAUGACUCUGAGCAGCAUCCACCUAACACCACUCCUCCUCCUCCUGCACUGAAGCACCAUGGUUGUAGUGGGGAUAGCAAAGUGUUCAGUAAUAAAAGAAAUGGAAAACCAGAGGAACACCUCCCUCAGCUUGAUUCAAGCACGAGGACGCCUCAGAAGGUGGACCCGACUGAGAUUAAUAAAUCUGAAAAUUUUUCUCAAAAAUCCCACACUGAUCUUCCUGGGAAGUCUUUGCAGACCAAAGUUGCUUCUGAUCAAACAGCCAAGAAUAAACCGAAGGACUUUGAAAAACACCACAUGCUGGAAAGCAGUGUCAGCGAAAAAGAGGAUUCCAUGACGGAGCAAACUCCACCCAGAAAGUCACCACAGCAUCACAGCCUGAGGGUAGAACAUCUGACCGAAGACAGUUUUGAUAACUCUUCACAUGCUGCUCCUCAAUUUGAUAACAAUUCAACAUGUGACACCCCUUCAAGACUUGAUGUCAGCUCUGUCUUUGAAAAGUCGUCUCUUUUAGAUGGUGACAGCUUGUGCACAGACGACUCUACUAACUUUGGUAACAGCUCGUACCUGAGAAAUGACACUUCGCAGUUUGACAGCACCUCCCAUGCAGAAGGGGAACCAUCUACUGCUUAUGACAGCACUAGAGACAGCAGCUUCUACAUGGAAGACUCCAGAGAUGCCACGUUGGACUCAACUAGAGACGAGGAAACCUCUGAGGCGGAAGAGACCAAGAACACCUCCCAAUUCCCCGGGGAAUCCAUGCUAGAGUCUUCUCUAAACAGCUCCGCUCAGAUGGACGAGGCCUCUGUCGACUCCAGUGACGGGUCCAAGCCAUGCUUACUUGUGCCGUCUGACAGUGGUCGUCAAGGACCUGAAGCCGAGUGGGAGCCCAGAGGACUUCAGACACCCGACUUAGCUGGACAGAUAAACAAGAAGACCACUGUCAACGAGUCAGUGACUUUGCCAAAUUUCAACGUGAGAGAUGAAAACUUCAUCGCCUUCAGUACGCCAGUAGAGAGCCCUGCUGUGCACCCACUUCAACCAGUAACUGAUGAGAUGAUGUCAGCUGCCGGAGAAAAUCUGACAACCCCAGGAAAAAAAACACGCAAACCUCGAACUCCAAAGGCAUUAUGGAUUAAAACCCCAGUUCCUGAGGGGACCCAGCGAAAACCUCGGGCUCGAACUCCUAAGGUGGAGAUUCCCAAGAUCGGUGCAGAAGUCGCGGGAGCCACAAGCAGGAAGAGGAAGAAGUCCGUCAAAGUGGAUGUAAAAGAAACAUCAGAUGUAUCUGGAGAGGCUGGGCCUCCCGCAGAGCUUGAUACAGUCACAGACACCAUUGAAGCUGUACUGGCCGAUGCUUUAGCCUUUAACCCCACAGGCGAGACACUCAAGAAGGCGAAAAGAGUCAAGAAACAAGACCAAGAGGGAAACGUGGCAAAAACACCCAAACACGAGGCCGGAACUGCUGCUGAUGAAAAUGAUGACGACAGCUCAGCUGAAGGAGAAUCAAGAGGAAGGAGGGUUGCAACAGAGGCGCAGGUCCAGUUCCCAAUGUCACAUGGGUGGAAGAGGGAGAUUCGAGUGAAGAAAAUGGAGAAUCGCAUGAAGGGUGAAACCUGGUACUACACACCUUGUGGAAGAAGGAUGAAGCAAUUCCCUGAAAUAAUCAAGUACUUGAAGAGACGCACGGACAGCGUGGUCUCCAGAGAACACUUCAGCUUUAGCCCACGCAUGCCUGUUGGAGACUUCUAUGAAGAAAGAGAAACUCCGGAGGGUGUGAAGUGGGUCCUCUUGGCGAAUGAGGAAGUUCCAUCUAUGAUCAUGGCUAUCACCGGCCGGCGAGGUCGACCUCCAAACCCAGAUAAAGAGAAACCACGCAGAGUCCGUGGCCUGAAGGGAGCACAGGCCCGCCGCCCCGGGAGACCUCCCAAACCCAAGAUGAUCGACCUCCUGAGCAAAGUUGACGCCAAGCUGUUGAGCAGACUUGAGGCUAAGGAAGCUCUUACGGACGAGGACAAGGAGAAACUUGCAAAAAUCAAAAAGAAAAUGAAGAAAAAGGCACGAAUGAAGAGAAGGCAGGAUACUAAAAUUAAGAAGAUGAAAAAUGAAAAAAAGAAAGCCAAGCUUGAGCAAAAGGCAAAGGUCCUGGAGCUGAAGGCUGAAUCAACCGACCCGACGGCCCCACAGGUCCCACAGCCCUCAGAGUCUACACCAGAGCCCAAGAAGCCAGGCCGCAGAAGAUCAGCCAAAGUUGUGGCUCCUCCACCAGUACGGCAGACGGACGAGGAGAGAAUAGCCCAGGGAAAGAGGGUGCUGGGUGCUCGGAGUAAAGCAAAGGCUCUGGCUAAAGCUCAGGCAGAGGCGGAGGCUGCUGCUCAAGCUGCUCUGUCAGCUAAGAGGGCGGCAGAGAGGAGAGUGCAGGCCCAGAGGCGUCUGGAGGAACGAAAGAGGCAGCAGCUGAUUGCAGAAGAGCUGAAGAAGCCCACAGAGGACAUGUGUCUAACUGACCACAAACCCCUGCCAGAGCUGUCCCGUAUUCCUGGUGUGGUUCUCUCUGGCACAGCCUUUGCACACUGCCUGGCUAUGGUUGAGUUCCUCCAUGGCUACGGAAAAGUAAUCGGCCUCAAUAUACCCAAGGACAUCCCUAGCCUUGCUACCCUACAGGAAGGUCUCCUGGGCCUGGGUGAAAGCCAAGGAGAAGUCCAAGACCUACUGAUAAAGCUGAUGGAGUGUGCACUCCAUGACCCAGGCCUGCCGUCAUUUUAUCAGUCUGUCAAGAUCCUUGGGGACAAGCUGGUAGAGUUGGAGCUGACCCGCAGCACGGUUUCAGAAGUUCUUCGCAUCUUUUUGGAAUCUUACGGUUUUGACUCAGACGUGUGCGACACGCUGAGGACCAAAACAUUUCACGCCCUCCCCCCUGACACCAAGGCAGCCAUCCUGGGCUUCGUGGUGGAAGAGCUUAACGGCUGUAACAUUGUGACAAGUGACAUUGACAACACUUUGGAAAACAUGGCAACCUACAGGAAGAACAAGUGGAUCAUUGAGAGUAAAUUACGCAAACUGAAGGUGGCACUCGCGCGUCGUACAGGACGCUCGGAGGAAGAGCUGUGUUUUGAGGAGAGGCGCCGCAGUGCCAGGGUGGCGGAGGAAGAGAACCUCUCUCUGGAGGAAGGCGGUGUGGUACUAGAGAGGAGCAACCGCCGCUCACGCAAAGAAGAGCCAAAACUCAGCGAUAGUGAGAGUCCUACGACUGCCAGCAUUCCAGAGCUUGAGAGGCAGAUAGAUAAGCUAACCAAGCGCCAAGCAUUUUUCCGUAAAAAGCUGCAACAAACAUCUCAUUCCAUGCGGGCCAUUUUACUGGGUCAGGACCGGUACAGGCGCAGAUACUUGGCUUUGCCUCACCUCGGAGGAGUUCUAGUGGAGGGGCCAGAGGAGCUCUUGACUUCAGGAGAGGUCCUUAUAGCUGAGGUGCCUGUCAACUUCAUCAAAACGGAGCCCAAGGUUGAAGAGACCCCCAUUCCUACCACAUCUCCUGGUUCUCUACCUUCCUCUCCUUCCUCUGCUACUCCCGCCCCGAACCAGACCUUGUCUCCAGAGGAGGACCCCCUUCCUGGCACUGCAUCCCUAAUGAGCAGGCCAAGAGGACGUGGGCGCCCCCGAAAAAUCAAACCCGAAGUUGAGCUUCACCUCCGCACAGCAAAGAUCCGCCGCCGGCGUCGAAGUAGCAUCAGGUCUGGCAGCGAAGAAGGGCCGGGAUCGCCGAACAGUGGCACACAAGACCUCACAAAAACUGCUUUCCAGAACUGGCUCAGCCAAUCACAGGAUGCGGUAGCCAACGGCACAUGCGCAGCAGAAGGGGAAGCUCCAGAGGGGAAUCAACCAGAGGAGAGUGUGAAGGAGAUGGCAGAGAAGCAGGGACAGUGGUUCAAUCUGCUUCCCAAACAGCCGUGUGACGAUCUCUCUCUCACCGAGCCCCAGCUGCCCACCUCACCUACGUCACCUCCUAAACUCCUCCCUCAGAUUCCGAGUACUCUGCCUGCACUCGCUGCCCCACUCGUGCAGCCGGACCCACUCAUGCCUGGCUUGGCUCCUGCUGACCCUGUGACCUCAGCAACACCACAGGAAAUUCCCCCUACGACCCUUACCUCUGCACUUCCUGUCACUUCCCUACCACCACUCCCUCAGCUCCUUCCAGCUCCCGUUCCUCCUCCUGCCGCUCCUACCACCCCUGCCAAGCCAGGUCGCAGGCGGAGGAGAGGAAGCAGAGGCAGCAGUCCUGCCCGCAGAGGGGCAAGAGGAGCUGCAGCCAAACGCCGCGGCCGCCCUCCCAACUCUGUGUUCCAGGAGCUGGAGCAACAGUACUUCACACAGCUUGUGGUCAAGCCCAUUCCAGCAUCAAUGGUGCGUGGCUGGUGGUGGAUCAAGGAGCCAGAAGAACUGUUUAACACCUUACAGGCCCUCCACCCAAGAGGCAUCAGGGAAAAGGUCCUCCAUAAACAUUUGGCCAAACAUCUAGAGAGCUUAACUGAGAUGUGCACCAAAUCUUUUACUGAUCCAAUAUUUGAGUUGAAGGUAGAGGACAAACAUGUGCUCGCGGAGGCUCUGCAGCACCCGAGACUAGUGCAGGAGAAGGCUAUGGAGACUGACGUCAUCGCCCUGCAGUGGGUGGAGGACCUGGAGCAGCGAGUCAUUGCUGCUGACCUCCAUCUGAAGGCACCUCCUCAGAGCGCAGUGGCCGAUGCUGAACCUAACACAGAGACACCCAUAAUAGAAUUCCAGGCCUACACAAUCCCAGAUCCAGACUCCACACGGGAGGAUCUCGAGUACUACGAACAUGAGGCAGACCCACGUGAUGACUGGAUUAUACGAACCAAGAAGGAGUGGUCGGGCCUUCAUCGCACCGCCACACACCCUCUGGACCUGGCCAUGCUGCGACUGUCCAACCUCGAGCGAAACAUCGAGAGGCGCUACCUGAAGGAACCACUGUGGAACCCAUCUGAAGUGAUGCGCCUCGCUCCUCUCACGCCCACACCAGGGGAAGAGCACCCCAUGGAUGUCAGUAGUCUGGAAAGUGAAAUCACCUCUCGACUACGAACAUGGCGGCAGGCUCUAGAUCGCGUUCGCAGUGCUCCACAGAUCUGUCUGUGUUUGCUCCAGCUGGAGAAGGCCAUUGCUUGGGAGAGAUCUGUGACUAAAGUGAAUUGCCAGGUUUGCAGGAAGGGAGACAAUGAUGAGUCCCUGUUGCUGUGCGAUGGCUGUGAUCGUGGCUGCCACAUGUACUGCCUGAAGCCCAAAAUCACUCAGGUGCCAGAGGGAGACUGGUUCUGUCCAACCUGUGUUUCCAGGGAGGAAGGUGAACCACAGCGCCUGACGAAAACCAGGUUCAGGGUGAAAAAGAGAAGAUACGAAGACGAAAGCUCUGAGGACGAAAACGCCACACGACGUAGUUCUGGCAUGGCAACACGCCACAAGGAGACCGUGACACCGACCUCGUCCUCGCGGUUCUCUGGAGAAGGAGGCGGGGCUAAACGCCGCCGCAUGACGACCCGCAACCAGCCUGACCUCACCUUCUGCGAGAUCAUUCUGAUGGAGAUGGAGGCUCAUGCAGAAGCUUGGCCAUUCGUCGAACCCGUCAACCCCCGACUGGUGCCAGGCUACCGUCGCAUCGUCAAGACCCCGAUGGACUUCCUCACCAUGAGAGAGAGACUGCUGCAGGGAGGGUACUGCAGCUGUGAGGAGUUUGCGGCAGACGCUCACUUGAUCUUCAACAACUGUGAGCUUUUCAACGAGGACACGUCGGAGGUGGGAAUCGCCGGACACUCCAUGAGGCGCUUUUUUGAGAGCCGCUGGGCGGAGUUCUACUCGAAUAAGGACAAAUAGGAGCCUGCGCCGUUCUUCCUGAUGGGGGGGCUGUAGACUGUUGGUGCUCUCACUGUCCCAGUCACACGCUCUGUGUUACUGCUGACACUCUCUGGAGGUUCUUCCAGCCAUGUGUAUUCUCUCAUGUAUAAGUAUAUAUGUAUAGAUUUUGGCUAUUGUCUGUUAUUGUUUCCUCUACAGGCCGAACUCUUUUCCAGGCCCACAGCUGAACUGGCUUGAACUCGUAACCAUUCCCCAUCAAAGAGAGUGAGAAACACGUCUCUCUUCACUUUUCCUUCCUCCUUAACAUUUCUCCUCAUCGUCACCACAGCACCUCAUCCUCGCUCUCCUGUCACGUCCCUUCACAAACCCUGUGUCGUAGCCAGGUCGAGUCCAGCCCUGCUGCGGGUGAGGACACGGUCUCGGGCCCUGAGUAUUUUGGCUCUCGACUCGUACUGAAGGUCAGGGACUGAUCACAUUAUUGUAGCUGAACCGCUGCACACUGGACCUGCUUAGCAUCGCUCAACGACAAAAUGGAUCUAAACUCUUCUCAGAGCUUGCCCCAUUUCUUACCUGUUCAAUGGAAAUUUAAUGUAACGUGGUCUUAUGCCUAGAAGUAAUUUUUUGCUCAAUAUAUUUUUAUUAUAUAUUCUAUAUAUAAAUAUAUAUAAAGAUUACAAUAGCUGGGAUUAUUUAAUAGCAAUAGCUUGUAGUGAACGUGUACAGAUUACCUUAUAGAGAUGUCUAGACGAUUUAUGAAAAAGGCCAGUUAAACUAAAAGGAAUCUGUUCUUGGACUGUCACAAGUAGACGUUGUAUAACCUCCACUUAAAGUCUUGCACGCACACAUACACACUUUUCACACACAUGCGCACACCACAGACAUGAUUUCACACACACAUUACCCACCUUCUGCUGCUGUGUGAAAG